UUUUGGAUGCGAAAUGCCCACUUCACCAGAAGAACGGACGUAAUGCUGAGCCCGGUGAGAAGAUUGCAUCUAUUCAUCGCUCUGGGUGGGGAAAAGCUUCAUUUUCAAUAGCUUCAAGGCUGGUUCAUCCCUUUUGCUAUUGCGGUCAGAAACCGUAUAAUUCUCCACCAUGGAAGGCCUGAGGAUCGCUGCCUCCGUCUGUUCCUUUGUAAGCCUCUUGCUGCUCAUCAUUGCCCUGGCUACAGAGUAUUGGAUAGUGGAUAGUGGAGGAGGCAACUCAGGAUUGUGGCAAUUAUGUGCGCCUAGCAUUUGUGCAUCAUAUGGGAUGAAUGUACAAGAUUAUAUACAUGCCACCCGAGCUUUCCUGCUGAUGGGGAUGCUUGCUGGUGCUGCCUCUUUCUUUGGUCUUUGUGCCUCGUUUUACCGCUUUCACAGUCAAUCUAUUUCCACCACUCGUCUUGCAGUUACAGCCAGCGUUAUAGCAGGUGUUUGUACCUUGAUUGCCAUGUCUACAUUCACAGGAGUGUACAAUGAUAAAUACUCAUUCCUCCCAACACAUUAUGGAUGGUCCUUCGGUUUAGGCUGGGCCUCGUUCCCUUUGUUUCUUAUUACUAGUGGGCUUGCUUUCUUCAUUGUCCCAAGUACUUCAGAGGCAUGAGCUAUGUCUUUGGGAUGGCAUCUGGGGCAAAGUUCAGAUCCAGGGGGGGGGAAGCAAAAAGACAGCAGCCGGAAUGUAUAAGGAAAGAAGAAUGAAUCCCCCCUCUCUCACACACACAGACACGCAUGCAAGGUGCCUAAUGAUUUCAUCUGCUUAAUGAAGAAUUUAGUUUUUUGGGUAUCCAGCGCUGUUCUUUUUAUCCCUAAUUUUGCUCUGUUCAAAAUACAGAUUGAAAAAUAAAA